GAUAAAGUUUAAGGUUCAAGUUCAAAGUCAGUAAGCUUAUCCUUAGUAUUUCAACAGUUUUGCAAUAAUACUCAAGCUCUUUGUUUGUCUUUGAGAUUUUUUAUAGUACUUCGUAUCUCACUGCUGGUGUAUUUCUUCAUCGAUUGUUCCAAUUGUAGCGAUGUGGGAAGAGAGGUUGAUUUUCUUUUCUUUUUUGGUGAUUCGCAAAAGAUUUAGAUUUCUCUUAAGAAGUUUUCAACCAGAAUUUGUCCGAUUUUCCAAUUGAUAGGAGCUAAUCAAACGCGGCGUCAGUUUCUUUGUUCGCUUUACACAGAGGACAAGUUCUAUAUAGAGAUUUAUUCCAAAUUUUUAAUAAAUUUCUGCAUUUUUGAGUUCUUUUACCUCGGGAGAAUAUCUUUAAUUUUUUUCUAAAGCAGGUCUCUUGUACCUAUGGUUAUUUUUAUAGGGACAUUAAUAUAGGUUACAUUUUUCACGCCUGACGUUUUUUCAUUAUUUUAGUUUCUUUAACGGUGUUGUGAUGAACGUGCCCAAUGCUGACUUUUUUUUAGCUGGAGGGGAUUUCCAUACAGCUUCUUGUAAGCAUGUACAUGGAGCUAAAAAAUAUCAUCCUAAAUUUCAAGAGGCAGGUUUAUACAAAGAGUGCAACUAUAAAUGGUUUCAAAAUGUGUGCAUUUGUGACUUUUGCAAAGCUGAGAGCUUUACCCAACACUUUGAAGCUCUCUCUCAUCGUAUGAUGAAAAUGGCUGGAUAAUGAGUUGAGGAUAUCACAAGACUGCUCUUUUGCAUAUGACAAAUCUAUUUGAUAGUCCUUUCGCUAAAAAGAAAUCAACUAUAUCACAGUGGGUUCUUCUGGAGAGAAUAUUUUCAAGUGCAUACUUCUGGAUCACUUAUCUAGCUUGCGGCCUUUUGUUGAUAUUACACAAUUAGUUGAGAAAAUUUGUAGCUCUCUGAGUGUCGUGACAGUUCAUUGGUAUUCCAUAUGUCACGAUUUAAGAACUUUGUGCUGAGUCAAAAUUUACCAAUAGAUUUAUCGUAGUUGUUAUUUGACUCAUCACAUCUCUUUGAACGUUAUUGUUUUGGACGGUUUGAUUUGGCUGACCGGCGACAAUUUGAGUAGUUGAUGAUUGUUUAGGGUAUGAGUUUGAUUUUUCUUGCUGAGAUAAGGCUAGAUGUCAAGGUAGAUGCUUGGAAUUUUAUAUAAACAGAACAUCCUUUAUGAUAAAGAGGCUGGCUACCAUCGAGUAAUGUACAUUUAAGAUAUUUUAAACUUGUCAUUUUCAUACGUCUCAGAAACGUGUUCGUCUGCUCAUUUAAUGCGUUUGAACAGUCUGCGAUGAUCUGAUUUUGAGCGUCCGCAGUCUUGACGCCUGGAACACUGUGAGAGUUCCCAUUAUGGGCAAGGUGAUUCAAAUGCAAAGCCGCCAUGAAAUAACGACUUUUUAAAUUGUACACAUAUUUAUUGUUUGUUUUUUGCUUCAUCACAACAGCAAAUAUGGAAAGCGAUCUUUUUGUGCGUGAGAGCUUUAUGACGCCAAUAUUACCAGUCUCUGGGCACAGAGGAAUAGAGUGACUUGGUUGAAAAAGGGAUAUUGUUAAUUUGGGAAUGAUCGCGUAAGCGUUGCCUAUGCCCAUGAGAAAGGAGAAGAGGUUGUGAAAUGUGGUACAUCCAGAAAGUAAGUGUAUUGCGGCUCAUACGGCUAGAGGUAUUAUAUUGUGGUCAUGCUGGCAAGGAUGUAGCUUAGCCAGAAGUCAAUACGAACUGUUGACGCGACAACACGUUUCCUGAACUAAGUCAUUCCAGCUUCCCACCAAGUACGAAACACGCUAUGUCAAGAGUGCGCUUACAGAAAUAUCCCCAAAUAAUUUUUUUUAAAUAUAAGAAAGAAUUUCAUAUUUAAAUAAAUUAAUUAUAAUGUAUUAGGAGGCUAGAAACUCUCAAAUUUCCCCAUAAAGGAAUAAGACACCACAAAUAAGUAAUUUUUCGAUUUUGAAAAUUUUAUUCGUUGCUUAAAUUUAACAAAAAGUUUUGUUACUUUUCUAGAUUCUCAUUUUAAUUUUAAUUAAAAACGCACACAAAUUUUCUCAACAUCAAUACCUACAUAAAUAAAUAUUUGUGUAUAUAUAUCAAUGCUUCAAGGUGUAUAAAGCUCUUACUGUUUGAUAAGAAAGCUCCUUAAAUGAGCCAAUAGAGGGCGUAGAAAAUCAUACACCUUCACAAGAUAAGGAUAACGAAUGGUCAAAACUCUCUUAUACAGCGAAGAUUUGAGUGCCAGCAAGGUGUGGUGAAUAAGAGUAAGUGAAUAAGAGUGUACUGCAGCGAGUGAGUUGCUCUUGUGUUGUGAAGUUUUGGUUAAAGCUUUUAUUCAUAUGAAAAUAGUUUGAAAACAGUGAGCUCGUAUAUCAAAAAUGAAGUAUGAUUAUAGCAAAUAUGUAAUGCCCAUGCAACAUAUUUCACUUUAACACUCUCUUCAUAUAACGCCGCCUUAAUCUCUCUUACUUGCCUUUGGUCUUUAAUGCGCUUACUACCAUUUAUAUUCACCACAAUUGUUUUGUAGAAUAUGCGACUUUUUUGGUUGCCCUUAGUGAUGGCCUUUUAGCCGGAUGCUGAUACUCACAGUCCUACAACAGCCUUGUACGCUCUGAGCGAAAACACGCUGUUUUAUGGUUCGUUUUUAGCUUAGCAUUAGCAUUCUAAGCUGCGAGAGAUUGCCAGCACCACUUCGUAAUUCGUGUACAUCUCCCAGUCAUGCUCUCCGCUUCAAUUGUGUUUGUAUGUAAAGCGUUUGGCAUCUGGCGCGAAUUGCUGAUUGCUCUUCUCGUUUAUACUCUGUUGAGAGCAUAUACUGUUUGGAGAGUUGUACACUAACACACACACAUACAUACAUACAUACAUUCGUACAGCCUUCCGUCCAUCCGUUGUGUCCUGUCAAAGACGAAUUGGCAAAAAUGCACGAAAUGAAAUGCCAAUGUCUUCUAUUUAACAUCAAGGGAUAAAUCCCGAAAAGGCUCAGUCUGUUUUUGUAUACGGGCGUUAAAUGGUCGUUGAGCGGCGGAAGUGCGUCGUCGGCUGGUUUCUUUCUACUUUAAUUUUUGUUGGCAACUUACACAAGUGAAUUUGUUUUGCAAGUAAAUACCAACAGUUAUAGUGAAAGGGAAUACGAUUGGCUUUACCUUUCAGCAGCAAUAUAGUAGUGCAUUAUAUAUAUUGUGCUUAAAACAGCAAAGAAUGCGUUAAAUAUAAGUGAAAUUGACUGAAAUUACAGCGAGAAAUACUCCAAAUAUUCUAUAUAAAUAAAAAAAAAAAAAUAAAUAUUGCUUGUGAAAAGCUAAAAGCUUACUUCGAAUUGAGCUACAGAAAAUCAACUUUGGAGUCGAUUCGUGUAUCGGCUCAGUUAGUCUCGUCAUUUGUGUAUGUGUGCGCGCGUGUGUGUGCGCAUUUGUCGCUUGGCUAUUAGCAGUGGCUUCUUGGCGUAAAAUGCCGCUCUGCGCCACUACAUUACUAUGAUGGAGACAUUCAUUGUCCUUGGCCUAUGUUUCAUACUAUACGAAGCACUGGAUUUCUUUCAAGGAUGCAUGCAUAGUUCUGCAUCCAAUAAUUCAACCGAUCAAAUUGAGGCCUAUCGCCGUCAAUUGGACGAGCAGCGUCAACAGCAGCAACAAGAGCAAUUCAUAGCGAAUUUAACGCCGCUCUUGGGCGCCCAACUUUUGGCGGCCACCUCCAAUGUAUCACUCUCGCCCAGCGACUCUACAGCGAGCAUUAUUAGUGAACAAUUACGUGCGCAACAACAACGUGAGCAACUCGAACAACUAGAAGGCGCUAGCGUACGUAGUGCCAGUGUUGCUGGCAGCAAUACAGCAGCCGGCGCUGAUAAUUCGACAAGUACACCAGCGUUACACAGCAGCAGCGGUUUGGGCAGCACUUUCGGCUCGGCGGGCGGUAGUGGUAGUUUGAGCGUGGCGAGCGGUAGCAGUAGUGGUGCUGCCUUUCGGCCCGCCUAUCGCAGCGCCUACGAAUCGCAGGAGUUGUACGCCACUUCAUCGCUGCCACGCGACUAUUAUUUCUUGCAACAACAACAGCAGAAGAACAAACACUCAGCACGUUCGCUAUUCUCGAAAUUUGGCGCAUCGAAUUCGGAUAAUCGUAUCUUUCCUGAGACCACAACGGCGCUGGGUGUGCCUGCAGGCGUUGUAACCCAACAACCGGUUGCGGGUGCAAAUCACUUCGAUUGCUUAUUACCGACAACAUUGCCUGCCUCACCACUGGCGGUGGACUUGAAACGCGCUAUCUUGAGUAAAAAUAAUUAUAACAACAAAAGUAGAAACAAUAAUAAAACGUACAACGAUAGAAGACGCGCGCCGCCUGCAGUGGAGAGUGUUCAAGUGCAUGGUGUGGCUGUAAUAGCCAGUCCGUCGCGUGAUCCACCGAAUCCAAAUGCAACAGUAAACGCAAUAACAACAACAACAGCUACAACCACUACUACUACUUCGAAUCAACGAAAUCGCAUUGCGAGCGCGUCCGUUACGCGUGCGCACGACAGUGACGCCAGCACAUCCGAUUGUGAGUCAGAUACGAGCGGUGAUUCGUCGGACUCCUCGGCAUCCGCUUCGGCCGGUUCCGCGUCGCUAGCUUCGUGCGGUGAGGACAGUGAUCCCGGUUUGGGUGAGGAGCGUGAGUUCGGUUUGUCCAAUUCGUGUUCGUCGUCACAUGCGGACUUUCGGGAAAUCGAAUGUGAGCGCUUGCGACGCAAGUGUGUGAGUGUUAAGCGUAUCUAUAGUAUAUCGGAGAAGUUUUAAAGACGUGGUAGUGCCAAAAAACCAAAAACAAAAAAAAAAAACAAAAAAAAAGAAACAACAAAUAAACAAAGAAAGCAUAUGGAUUGUGAGUUGCAAGUGCAGCAAAAAGUCUCGAAAAAAAGGUUUGAAUUGCUUUUGCUUUAAUCACGCAAAGCAGGAAAGUAGAAAUUGCGUAGCCAGUUUUAAAAUAUUUUUGUGUAUACUAUAUUUGCGCUUUACAGUGAUUAUAACCGUUAAAAUAACUACCAAAUACCUAAGAUUCUUACACAUUUGUCAGCGUCACUAACUGGGAAAAGUAUUGCGUCAAAAAAUAAUAUUUUCAAAACACCAGUAGACAUUAGUAAACUGUUUAAUAACAUUUAUAGCAUACUUUUUGGCGCAAUAUUUCUCACAAUUGUAUAGCUAACAACGCUGUGAAGCUCGUUGGUAUUUUUUGCCAUUCAAAGCCAUUCUAAAAUCGUUCAGCUCACCUCACUUCGCCUAUUCACAAUGUUAUUGAGUUUAUUCGCAAAGCAUUUUCACUUUUGGAAUUAUUUUUUACACUUUUAGAAUAUAUAUAUUUUUUCUUAUUUACAUUCACUUGUUCACUCCAAAUUAACUUUUUCCACUUUUUCACAUACGCAUACGUUCAGUACUAAAAUAUUUUCAUUGUGUUUAUAAGAAUGUCUCUUUGUAUUCUAGCAGUGGCUUUCAGCC